AUGUCCGACACGACUUCGUCCGAGUCUCCCAACGUCCUCUCUCGCUUGCCUCCGUGGGUCUCGCGCUGGCUGGGCUAUCGCAGUAUACCAGAGCCCGACCUCCCACCAUGGAAUAAUAACAUCUGGUCUUGGGUCGGCGCGUUCUGCGAACUGAGUGUGAUCGCGGCGAUCUUCGGGCACUCUGUGUACUUUACGAGCCGCAAUGUGCCGGUGCUUCUGCCAUCCUUCGGAGCUUCUGCCGCAUUCAUCUACGGCAAUCACGACGCGCCCUCUUCGCAACCGCGAGCACUUGUCGGCGGUCACUUCCUCGGCGCACUCGUGGGUGUCUGCACAAUGAAGCUAUUCCAUAUGGCUUCUGACUUUGAAGACCUACGCUGGCUGUCCUCGGGAAUAGCGUGCGCGACGACGAUCGUCCUCAUGGAGCUCACACACACGAUGCACCCGCCAGCAGGCGCGACCGCAAUCAUACCGACUGUGACCGUGCAAGCUACGGCGCUCGGCUGGUAUUACUUGCCAGUUGUGCUGCUUAGUAGCAUACUAUCGCUAACCGUUGCGUUGUUGAUCAACAACAUUCAGCGGAAGUAUCCCGCCUUCUGGCUCACAUCGCGCCCCGGUCCAAUCCUGCCGCUUCAUUGCGGUUACAAGGAUACAGAUGAGGGGAAAUCGUCGGAGCGAAGAGCGGAUUUGUAA